UAUACGCACCCCCAUUCCCCCCAAUUCAUCGCAAUCAUGUUUGCUCGUCAAUCCUUCCGUUGUGCACAGCCCUUGAAACAGAGCUUGCGCAACUACUCUGCUGAGGCUGCUCCCAAGAAGUCCAACUUAACCCCCAUCUACGUCGGUGUCGGUCUCGCCGGUCUCGGUGCUGGUGUGUAUCGCUACAGCACCGGCGCGGUUGCUGAGCCCAAGGAGCGCCCCAAGGUCUUCAACGGUGAGGGCUGGGUGGACCUCAAGCUGGCCAACAUUGAGAAUCUGAGCCCCAACACCAAGCGUCUUCGCUUUGAGUACGAUGAUAAGGAGGCUGUCUCUGGCCUUCCUGUUGCCUCUGCUCUGUUGACCCGUUUCAAGCCCGAGGGUGCUGAGAAGAACAUCCUCCGUCCCUACACCCCCACCAGUGAUGAGGAUAUCCCCGGCUACCUUGAGCUCGUCGUCAAGGCUUACCCCGGCGGCCCGAUGUCCGAGCACAUCCACUCCAUGAACGUCGACCAGCGCCUGUCCUUCAAGGGACCUAUUGUCAAGUACCCUUGGGAGGCAAACAAGCACAACCACAUCUGCCUGAUCGCCGGUGGUACUGGUAUCACCCCGAUGUACCAGCUCGCCCGUGAGAUCUUCAAGAACCCCGAGGACAAGACCAAGGUCACUCUGGUCUUCGGCAAUGUCAGCGAAGAAGAUAUCCUCCUGAAGAAGGAGCUUCAGGAUUUGGAGAACACCUACCCCCAGCGCUUCCGUGCCUUCUACGUCCUGGACAACCCCCUGCGGACCCAAGGAGGAAAACAUCAAGCUCUUCAUCUGUGGCCCUCCCCCAUGUACAAGGCUAUCUCCGGCGGUAAGAUCAGCCCCAAGGACCAGGGUGAACUCACUGGUAUCUUGAAGGAUCUGGGUUACAACAAGGACCAGGUAUUCAAGUUCUAG